GCUAUAAUUUAACCAAUCAAAGCCCAAAAGAACUUGCUGAUCCAUCCAGUAGGCAACCCCUUGAGUGGGCUCAAUUCAUCUCUGUUUGAGAAAUUUGUUUGGAUGCUCUCUGCUGCGUUUGCCCUUUUCCCUCCCUGCGUAUAUUGCGAAAUGACAUUGCUAGCUACUACGAGCCUCGCCGCAACCAGGCUUUUAGCGCAACCAUCUUGUAUGGUGGAGGUCCCUGUGAGAGUCUGAAAGAGGAGAAAUGGCAAGUGAACAGAAGAGUGCAGCCGCAUCAGCUCUGAAGAUGAAGAAACCUAAAGCUACUUGGACAGCCGCUUUCCACAAAAUAUUUGUGGAGUUAUGUCUCGAACAGACGUUAAAAGGGUAUAAACCAGGGACACAUUUUACUAAGGAUGGUUGGAAUAAUAUUGAAGGAUUGUUUCACAAAAAGUCGGGUAUCAGGUAUGAGAAAAAACAAUUGAAGAAUCAUUGGGACGCAACUAAGGAACAAUGGAAGAUCUGGUGUAAGCUGAUUCGUACAAGCAGUAUGAGAUGGGAUUCAAGCACUCAAACAUUUGGUGCAAGUGAACAAGAUUGGGCCUAUUAUAUACAGGGUAAUCCUGAAGCUGCACAAUUUAGGUUUAAAGAACUCCCCCUCAGAGACAAAUUGGAUAUCAUCUUUGAUGGAACAGUAGAUAGUGGACAAACAGAACCUCCUGCUCAGCGGAGAAGGCUCAGUGAUGGUUCAACCACCUCCCUUAUGCAUAUCAAAGAGUCGGGAGAUGCAAACCCUGAUAGCAGAACUGAUCGCGUUAAUUGUGCAGUUGAAUCUAGGAGCAUUGUGACGGUUCAAUCCUCAUUAGGGAAACUCAACUACAGCAUUGGGGAAUGCAUUGAAUGCCUAGAUGGGAUGGAUGAAAUAGAACAAGGAAGUGACCUGUACUUGUUUGCUUUAGAUAUAUUCUUGAGGAAAGAAUACAGGGAAGUUUUCCUUCAAUUAAAGAAGUCUAGUGUAAGGAUGGCAUGGUUGCGACGGAUGCAAUCAGUUGGUCCGCCUUUACCUUUGCAUUAGUACAAUUUUCAGGAUAAACUUCUUUCUACAGCUGAAGGCAGCUAUGAUAGGUGUGAUUAUAUAUACAUCGAACUUCGAAAUGAUUGUCCAACUCUUCAUUUUUGGUGGUGUGGAAUUCUGUUUUUGAUGCUGUUUUACUAAAUGCUUUGCAUCAUUUCUUUUAAUGCAUGUUUCAAAUUAUUUUCAUUCA